UAUUAUUACAAGAAGAACAACAUCAACAACCGAAACGGUGCAUUGGUCCGCCCGAGCGCGCGGCGGUCGUCGACCACGGCACGGAGUCGCGCGCGACGCACCGAAAGAGUGAGUGUUAUAAAAGCUCGUGUCCAUCCGCAUUCUCGAAACAGCCGACUAACCGGACUACGGACAUCAUGGCUAGCACCGCAAUACUACUGGGCAGAUAUUCGUCGCGAUCCGCGGAUCUGCCUCAUGACCGACGUAAUAACCGGGUCCCCGUCAACGGUGGGUCCACCAUCGUUCUCGAUAGAUCGGACUUAUUUAGCGUGUCACCCAUUUGUCCCGGACUGGCUCUCUGCGGAGCUCUGUCCAUUUACACUGAUAAGGAGACGGUGGCCGCGCUCCGGCCAACGUGCCUGAUCAAUUGCGCCGGCGAACUGCCAGACACGCCGCUACCGGACACCGUGCACAGGUACCACAAGGUACCGGUGGCGGACACCCCAGUUACCGACCUUGGACCACACAUGGACACGGUUACUGAUCUCAUACAUCAGGAAUAUAUUUCUGGAGGUACGACAAUAAUACAUUGUGCAGCUGGAGUGAGCAGAUCAGCUGCUUUUUGCAUAGCAUACUUGAUCAAAUAUCGUGGUAUGACCAUGAAUAAUGCAUAUCGUCACGUAGCUAAAUGCAGACCCUGUAUAAAUCCAAACACAGGAUUUAUUAGUCAGCUAAUAGAAUUCGAAGAAAAAUACAGAGAGGAAUAGCCGUGAAUAAAAUAACGUUCAUAAAACACAAAAAUCAUUCCAAACAUAAAUAAUUAUUGUAUUAUAUCUUUGUAUAUAACUAGUUUUGUAAGCUUUUUAAAUGUUUUAAUUCCUAUAAAUGAUAAUUUUCGUUUAAAAUUUUAAAAUUGUGAAUGUUAUGAUUGUAUCAUCGUAAAAUGUAUAUGAUAAUAUAUUGUGUCUUUAAAGUGUUAUUUUUAAUAAAUAUUAAUAUUAAUAUACCUACAA